AUGUUUGUUUUCAGCGGUGUCAUAGACCACAUUGAGGCACGGGUCAGACAGUUCACUGAUGCAUGCGAGAAGGAAAAGGUAGGAAGGACCGAUGAUGAUGAUGAUGAUGAUGAUGAUGAUGAUGAUGAUGUUGAUGAUGGUGAUGAUGAUGAUGAUGAUGAUGAUGAUGAUGAUGAUGAUGAUGAUGAUGAUGAUGAUGAAAAUGAUGAUGAUGAUGAUGAUGAUGAUGAUGAUGAUGAUGAUGAUGAUGAUGGCUGA